GAGUGCAGCGCACACACAGGAAACCACGCAGUUACAAUCUCAUUUUGCAAAGCAUACUACUGUCUGUUGUGAGGGACAUCUGAUUUGAUCAAAGUUUUCACCACAUUUGCUUUCAACAGGCAUCGUUUAUUUUUCCUUUAGUGUGUUUGUUUUGUUUUUGUUUUUUUGUUUUUUUUUUUCUUUCCCAGAAACGCCCAGUCAGGCUCAACUACUGAUCUGGACUGAAAACCUCCAGAGCGCACAUCACAUCAAGUGGUUAUCAUGUCUGGUGAAGAGGCUCCAACUCAGCAACAACAACCGGAGCAGGAGAAGACGCCGGAUGAUCCCCCGCCGCCGGCUGCAGACGCACCGCAGGAGUCCGGGGGCAGCCCCGCAGCCGAGGAGAAGUCUCUCUCCUACCGCGCUUUGGUGCUGACGGGCCACGGGGGCUACGACAAAGUGAAGCUGCAGGUGAAGACGCAGAGCAACCCGCAGCUGAAGGCAGGAGAGGUCCUGGUGCGCGUCAAGGCGUGCGGGCUCAACUUCGCCGAGCUGCUGGGGAGACAGGGGCUGUACGACCUGCUGCCCUCCCCGCCGGUCACGAUGGGAAUGGAGGGCUCCGGGGUCAUAGAAGCAGUCGGGGAGGAUGUGAAGGACAGGAAAGUGGGAGAUCGUGUCAUUGCGUUGAGCCGCAGUGGCAUGUGGCAGGAAGUGGUCGUUGUGUCCGCUGACCGCACCUUCCCCAUGCCCGAACAGAUGAGCUUUGAGGAAGGCGCCGCUUUUCCCAUUAACUACUUGACUGCCUACAUGAUGCUGUUUGACAUGGCCAAUGUGAGGCCGGGCAAGAGCAUUCUGAUACACAUGGCCGCAGGUGGGGUGGGUAUUGCUGCUACCCAGCUGUGCCAUACUGUGCAGGAUGUGACUGUUUUUGGUACGGCAUCGGCCUCCAAACAUGAGACUGUUGCACAAGGUGGGGUAACUCACCCCAUUGACUACCGAACCAAAGACUACGUGGAAGAAAUCCGCAAAAUCAGCCCAAAGGGUGUGGACAUCGUCCUUGACCCACUCGGUGGCUUAGACACCCAGAAAGGCUUUAGCUUGUUGAAACCAUUGGGAACUCUUGUAGUUUUUGGUGCUGCCAAUUGUGUGACGGGCCAGAAGAAGAACCUGUUGGCCAUGGCAAAGACCUGGUACAACCAGCUCUCUCUCAACACCUUGAAACUGAUGCAGGCCAACAAGGCCAUCUGUGGCUUCCACCUGGGCUACAUAAAUGACGAGCAGCUCAUCAGCAGGACUAUGUUCAAGCUGCUGGAGCUUUACAAUCAGGGAAAGAUCAAGCCCUGCAUUGACUCACGCUACCACUUUGAAGAGGUAACUGAUGCCAUGAGGCGCAUGCAUGAACGCCAAAAUAUCGGGAAAGUCAUCCUUCUUCCUGAACCCAAGAAGGCAGAAGAGAAACCAAAGUCCAACGCUGAGCCGGGAGAAAACGUGGAAAAAACUGAAGCUGCCGUCGAAGAGAAGAAAGAGGAGGCGACAGAGGAAGUUAAAGCAGGGAAGGAUUGAGUAAGAGUGUUUAUCUGAAUGGUAUUUUCAAACACUUCCUGAAAGAGUUUCCCUGUUGUUUAAUUGUCAAAAACAGGAAGGAAAAAAGAAGAGAAAGCAAGAUGCCGUUAAUUCUUUGUCAGUAUUUUUAAAUGUUUAAAAAGUUUGUGUUGUGCAAUAUGUCUAAGUGGCGUGUCAGUGUUGGUAACACUUGUGUUUUAAAUAAAAGUUCACUGUAUUCUGUUACAUUACCAAAGGAGUAAUGUAUUCUGAUUACAGAGGACGUUCUCCCCCGACAACAGCUCAACAACAGCUUGAACAUAAUAUCUGUAAUAACAGCAAACCAGGCCCAGUAUGUGUAAAACAUUUAAGAAAUGGUCUCAGGAGUGGUCCUGUGCUUUGACUCAUGAGUCAAAGUAGAAUUGUGAUGCACGUAAAAUCAAAAAUAUACCCUCAGCGGCUUUAUACGUACUGGUUCUGGUUCUGUCUUCAUAAAGUGAAUGUGUCAGAAAAAAAUAAGUCUGUAAACAAAUGUGAAAUACAUUUCCUGGUCUUUGUGUCGUUUCAGUUUUUUUUUUCUUUCAUCAGUGUCAUACUUACAAUCUGGCCGAGUAAUUUGAAUGUAAUCAGGAUGCAUUACUGAACUUUGGUCAUUUCUCAGAACCUGUUACAGAUCAUUAAUUUGAUGAAGUAAUGAAUAACUGUAUUAGAAAUUUUGUAACUUACUCACCCAAGUGUGUUUUAGCAGUUAACAUUAGUGUAAAUCGUGUUAGAAAUAGCAGUGGUGAUACUUAGUCCAGUUUAACAGAUUGAGAUGCACUACUGAAAUGUCUGUAAUGAUGAGUGAAGGUGUCUUUUCGCAUGCUCUCCUCCUCGAUGAAUGUUGUUCGACAGUGGUCUCCGUAGGGAAAGCCCAGGUCAGUAUCUUACUGUACUUUUCUCACUUAUUUGUGCCAAAUUUAAGCCUUUCAUCACUUCCAUCAAGCCAGCUGUGAAUAACAUUUAGCGGGACUUCCCCGCCUUGGCAAUCACUCAUAGGUUUUCUUCCAAACAAUGUCAGGCUGAACUCGGGCGAAAACUGUUUGGCAAACCAUGUUUUUUAGAGGGUUUUUUUUUUCAGGUUUUCUUCCCUUAAUUUUUGUCCUGUGGUUUAUCUGCUCUCUUAAUUCUUUUCUUGCCUCUUCAAAAUCAAAGUGAAUAGUGGUAAGUUUACAGACAUUUUGCUUAGUGAUUCCUCUUAUAAAUAUAUAUAUACGAAGGGAGUAUGAAGUAAAGCUGCUUUGCUUAUGUCUCCAACUUGUCCUAAUCAUGCUUCUGUUGUAAUGCACUUUGUGUUUCUGUGCUCAAGCUGUAUUCAUUAUGAAGCUCUUGCAGCAUUUAGUGAUGGCUCAUUAAGCUUCCAUUUUCAAUAGAGCGUAAUAGUGGAGUUUGGUCUCAGCAAUUCAAAUGUUUUGUCCAGCUGUGGGUGUAAUUCAAUGCUGUGACGCAGAAGACGCUGCAGAAGCACAAGAAAGAGUCUCCCCCUCCAUCCAGACACCAGACCAGCUCCUCACAUUCCUCUCUCCACCCUCUCAGUCCUGCUUUCUGUCUCUCUCUCUCUAAUCUCUCUCCCCGUCCAGCACACGUUGUUUUGAUUUCUAAAGAGUGCUUGUAACAGAGUUUCACAUUUAAUGCUUUAUGUUAUUUACAUUUGUGACAUUGUGUUGUUUUUUCCUUUUGACCACUUGGACAAGUAUUUUUAAGUUUGGCCAGGUUUCCAUCUCGUAGCAUGAAGUAAGACCUGAUGUGGAUUUGGAGUGGGAACUGGAGUCUUAUGUUACGGUUUUUAUCCUUUCAGACUUUCUUUUGGGCUGUUGUAAUUCGUGAGCCCGUAAGCCUGAUAUUUGCCUGCAUGACAGAUGGAAAUCUAGACUUACAGUUCAACUACUGAAUUAACCAAAUAGUAGAAAAGGUAAACGAAUGAGCUUUUUGAGUGUUUUCUAUGUGACAACAAUUUUGAAGAGCCAUUAGUGAAGUUAAAACAUGUAAAAACACUUUAGAGCCUACUAAUUUCUCCUAAUUCUUUGCAAAUAUUUACAUAAUAAUUAUAUUUAAGAUGUCUGACUGCAGUUACAUGUAAAAAUAGAACAACUACAUUUUGCUUUUGUGCCAAAAUGUGACCUUCAAAAUCCAAGAUGACAGUGACAAUUUUCAUGUUUCAUGUUAAAACCUAACAGCAGUAUGCUGUAAGUGAUAUACAGUAUGCAUGAGUGUUCACUCAUGCAGCGAGGGACAUCUGGUGGUCACUGAAAAAUCUUUCCUUAAAAACACUCUCCACAGUGUUUGCCCAUGGACAAAAAUGUGCUGUAGCCUGCCUCUUCGAAUGUGAAACAUUCACAGAAAACUAAGCUAAAUAAAUCCUCCCCAGUUUGGACCAAUAUUUUGGUCCAAUAUUUUGGUCCAAACUGGUCAAAAUAAGUUUUGUUUAAUGAAAGUCUUAAAGAGUCCAAAUAUUUGCCCAUGUUAAAGCCUUUUAAAUACUGACUGAUAUAAUCAGACACAUUUUAAUUAAUUUCAUUAUUUUUUCUUUAUUUUUAUUUUUUUUUUAGCUUUUACUUAAUCAUGUUGUUACACAUGCGAUUCCAGAUCUGUUUUAUAUCUCCAUAAGUGCUGUUGCUGCAUUCAUGAAAGAACAAUGCUGCCUUUAUUCAUUUUUAUGCACACUUCAUGCACACUUACAUAGGCCGUCUGUGUCCAUAUGGCACUAAAGUGUCUGCAUUAUUAAAGUGUUAUCACAUA